CAUCCUUCAACCACUCACCACUCAAUCACCAGCCUUGCUCUCUUCAACUAAGCACCAUUUACCAACCACUCCAACCCCAACAGCAACUCAGUAUCCAAGAUGGCUCCAGUUCAGCAGAUCAAGAUGGGCGACAUCUGCGACGGCUUCGUGGAGACACCCGGAGACACCCUCCGCGCUGCCCGGGGCAAGGUAUACAGCAUCAUCACGUUCCCCCUGAUCGUGAUGACGAACCCCCGAGACGCCAAAGACGAGAGAGAGAGUCGUGACGUGCUUUUGAACAAGGAAGACCUGAUGCGGCUCGCUCUUUGCGACAAUUGCGAUUUCAAGCUCCCCGACGCCAAGGGCGUCGGGAUUGGCUUGUGGAUUGCUGCGGACGACAAGCUGGUCCGGUGGUCUAAGGGGCGCGUCUGUCAUGUUGCGAAGGAUAUGAGCAUCGGGCUGGUUACUGAGGAGGGAAAGGAGGAGGUGGAAACGCUGUGCUUCGCAAGGAAUCCCUGGACUGGGACGAAGCCUGCGCUUGGGUUCAGGUAA